UUAGGUUUUGCCUCAUUAGCUACUCUUCUGCGAUAUUCGUAGAACUCCCAAACUAAUGAUGGGUUUGUUGCAAAUGCUUCUGGAGUUGCGAGAUUUUGCGCUUGGUACUUCCGCCAAAAACCACCAGCACCUCUAAAUGUUGGAAUGCCGGAUUCUGCCGAAACUCCACUACCAGUUAAUAUUAACACGUUUUUCGCGUUUUGUAACACUUCUUGAAACGAUUUCAUGAUUGCAUUCAUACUUCACAUCUACAAAACACACGACUCGUACGAUCAGCUGAUUUCAACGCAGUAAACGCGAUCGUGACGUCAGUUGAUUCCUAAAUUUCAAAAGUGAAUAACUCUGCAUGUUUCUCGGUUACAUCACACUUCAACACAUGUUUGUUUUAUGAAAAUUAUUACAACAAAUCAUUCUACAUAGCGAAAUCGGUUUUCCAAUUUUCCAAAUCUCAAAACAAGCACCUGUUUGUGUUUAAUCACCAGUGUUUUAUAAUUUUUGGUUAUCUGUGCGAGUAAUGCGCUCUGUGAUCUGUAAAGAUUAAUUAAAUGAAGAUACACCUUGCCUCUUAAAAAUGAUCAGUAGAAACUUUUUUAAGUGGCUAUCAAAUACUCCAACACCCAAACGCGUGAAUAAUUCAUUUGGGAAUUAUGAAAUCGUCGAACCAUGGACAGUUACCAAAAUUAGAACAGUGCCGGAUUAUAUACCUAAACCAUCGUAUAGUAAAUCAGCCACACCAAGAGAAAGUCCAAAGAAUCCAGAAAUCAAGGACAAAAAUCAAAUUGAUUGUAUGAGAGACAGUUGUUAUCUUGCCAGAAAAAUAUUGAAUCAAAUUAAACAAUAUGUGAAGCCUGGUGUUACAACAGACGAAUUGGAUGCAAUAACACAUGAAAUGAUCAUAAGUAAUGGAUCUUAUCCUAGUCCCCUUAAUUAUCGUGGAUUUCCAAAAUCAAUAUGUACAAGCAUCAAUAAUGUAGCGUGUCAUGGUAUACCAGAUACUAGACCAUUACAAAAUGGAGAUACUUUAAAUAUUGAUGUAACAGUAUUUUUGAAUGGGUAUCAUGGAGACUGUUCUCGAAUGUUUGAAGUGGGAGAAUGUGACAAUGAAGCUAAACGAUUAAUAAAUAUCACAGAAUUAUGUUUACAAACAGCCAUUAAUAUAUGUAAACCAAAUGAAAACUUUUCUAGUAUAGGAUAUAUUAUUGAAGAGAUGGCAAACAAGAAUGGCUACACUGUAGUACCAGCAUUUGCAGGUCAUGGUAUUGGUACUUAUUUUCAUGGACCACCUGAUAUCUACCACUUUGCGAACGAUUAUCCUGGGAAAAUGUCACCAGGAAUGACAUUUACUAUUGAACCACUUCUAAGUCAAGGUUCCAAGGAAAUUCUAAUUUUAGAAGAUGGGUGGACAGCAAUCACCACCGAUAAUUCGCGUACUGCCCAAACUGAACACACUAUAUUAAUUACUGAUACUGGCUGUGAUGUGUUAACUCGAUAGUUACAUAAAGGUAUUGUCUCCACAUACAUAUUUCAAUUUAUGUACAAAGUUAUUAUUGUUAGUUGUAAUAAAUUAUUGUUACGUACUUCAUUAA